AUGCAGCCCGCAAGGCGUUCUAGGCAGCGGGACAUCCGCGAUAUGGCGGAUACCAUUGCCCGCGCGCGUUUGGACUACCUGUGGGCGGCAGUUGUGGCAGAGAAUGAUCUAGCCUUCAACGUCUCCAAAUCGCGUGCGCUACAGGCCUUCGUUGACGCAGCGGUCGUGUUCGCGAAGCCCUACACACUCCCAACCCCUUACAAGGUGUCCGGCUCUCUCCUCGACAAGUUAAGGGCGGACGCCGAGGAGCUUGUAAGGCCGUUGAAGGAGAGUUGGAAGACGACCGGGUGCAGUCUCUCGGUGGACGGGUGGACGUGCAUGAAGUCCCGCGGGAUCGUGUGCGUCAUCGCCCACAAUGACACCGCGCCCGUCAUUGUGGACAUCGUGGACUCGAAAACCGCCAAGAAAACAGGAGAUUACCUCGCGGGCCUCAUCGGGAACUCAAUCUCCGAAGUGGGGAAGGACCUCGUGGUCCAGGUCAUCAUGGACAACGCGUCUAACAAUCGAUCCGCGGCUGAGAAGAUUAAGGAGGAGUUUCCCUCGGUUUUUUUCGCGAACUGCGCCGCCCACUGUUUGGAUCUUAUGCUUCACGACCUAGGGAAAUUUAAGCCCGUCAAACGCGUGUUAGAGCAAGUGCAUCGAGACGUCAUGAUGAUCAAGGGCAGCGCCUCCGCCGUCGUUCUAUUCCGCGAGCUUUUUACCAAGCUUGCAUUGGUGCGGCCGGGUGCGACAUGGUUCGGCACUCAAGUCAUCAUGAUACGCCGCUUCUUGGAGGUGAAGAGGGCUCUCCAGGCCAUGGUCAUCAGCGAUGAAUGGAAAGGGGUGGCGGUGGCGCAAAAGAAAGAAGGGCAGGAGGUGCGGGCGCUUCUUCUAGACGACGUCUUUUGGGACUGUGUUUCUGUGGUGCUCCGCCUCCUCACGCCGGUUUAUGAAGUGCUAAGGGUGGUUGACACGCGGGCACAAGUCAUGGGCCAAAUCUAUGGCCUCAUGAUUGAUAUCACGGUCAAGACACGGGAAGCUGCAGAGGCCGCCGCCGCAGUAUUCAUCAAGAAGACGGGCCUGCUCUUGGCCAAGGACAAGAGCACCUUCAUGGCAUCCAUCAAGGGCAUCCUUGCCCGGCGAUGGGACGGGCAACUGCACAACCCCCUGCAUGCCCUGGGAUGGCUUCUUAAUCCCCGCAACCAGUACGCGGGGGAGCGCAUCAAGCUGCAGACACAGCUGGUGCAGUUCCACAAGGGUGAGGGCCGCCUCGGGUCGGAUGACGCUCUAUGGGCAGCCAAGACCUUGGUGGAGGGGGGGCGCAUGACGGAUGCGGAGUGGUGGUGGAUUUUCGGUGGGGAAGUGCAAGCGCUCCAAGAACUGGCUGUGACGACCCUAUCACAGCCCGUCACCUCGUCCGAGGUGGAGCGGUAUUUUUCCGCCCUUGCACGAGUGCAAAGGCGGGAUCGGAACCGCAUCGCGGCCAAGAAGAUGACUGAUGUCACCUUCGUGGCCUUCACCAGGAGGGCCCGCGAUGCGUUUGAUCGCAAAACUCAGGCGCGUGCGAAGUUGUACGCUGAUCUCACCGACGGAACCCUCAAAGAGGGCAUUGCCGUGCCCCCGCCCGCAACAGUGGAAGAGGAUGAAGGUGGGGCUGAAGAGGAGGAGGGAGCCGAGGUGGCAGAGUGCACCAUCGACUGGACUGUAUUUGGGGGCAUUGGUAAGAAGAAGAAGAAGCGCGCGGGAGAGAGCUCCAAGAGGAAGAGGAAGGAGAAGGGAAAGGGGCCAUGCAAGCGGAAGGGGAGAGGAAAGAAGCGUGUGGAGGAGGAGGAGGAGGAGGAGGAGGAGGAGGAGGAGGAGGAGGAGGAGGAGGAGGAGGAGGAGGAGGAGGAGGAGGAGGAGGAGGAGGAGGAGGAGGAGGAGAACGACGAGGAGGAGGAGGAGGCGGCGGCAGAGAGCAAUGGGCGGGAGGCUCUGAGGGCGAGAGAGGCGAGGCAGCGACGAACAGGACGAAGGCAGUCGCAGCAGCAGCAAGCGGAGGAGUGGCCGACGAAGCGCAAGGCAAUGCGGGAGAGCAUGGCGAAUCAGCAGCAGGAGAAGGUGGCAGAGGAGGGUCGGGAAGAGGAGAAGAGGGAGGAGGAGGAGCGGCAGGCCAAGGGAAAGAGUGCAGAGAAAGAGGCGCAAUGGAAAAAGAUUGAAGAGGAGAUCAGGAGGGAACUGGAGGAGGAGUUUAGGGUGAAGAUGGAGGAGUUGGAGCGGCAGUUCCAACAGCGGUCGCAGCAGAAGCAGCACGAGAGUGAAGCCCUUGGUCCCCCGCCCCCGCCUCCUCCAAAGGGCGCUUCAGCAAGCGUACUUGCUUCGUUCAAUGCCCGGCUGCGGGACUGGGAGGCUCGUGUGAAAGCUGCUCUUGCUGUGGCGCAGAAGAGGAUCUUGCGUACUGAGGGAGAGGUGACAAAGAAGAGGAAGGCGGAGGAGUGUCAGAGAAAGGCUGAGGAGGUGAAGAGAAGCAAGGCGGAGGGUGCGAGUAGGAAGCAGGAAGAGGCGAAGCAGGCUGCUGAGAUGAAAAGGGCGAAGGAGGAGGAUAGAAAGAGGGUGCAGGCGGAAAAGAAGAGGGUGAAGGAGGAGGAGAGGAAGAGGAAGGAGGAGGCGAAGAGUAAGGAGGAUCUGAGGAAGAAGGAGGAAGAGACGAGGCAGAAGGAGGAGAAGAAGAGGAAGGAGGAGCUGAAGAGGAAGGAGAAGGAGGAGGAAAGGCUGGCGCAGGAGGAAGCAAAGAGGGAGGAGGAGAAGAGGCGGGCGCAGGAAAAAGAGAGGGAGAGGGCAAGGAAGGAGGAGGCGGCAUUCGAUGAGACGAUGAACCAGCUGGAGGAGGAGUAUAGACGGCGGCAAGCAGCUGCAGAAGAGGAAGGCGAUGGAUGCCUGCUGUUCUGGCACGCGGAUAGGUUCGUGGAGUGCUGUGGGAGAUGGCUGGUGGCGGGGCAUAGGGAAGCGGUGCUGAGGAAGGCGGCUGGGGUGAGUCGAGAGGUGGUGGAGGCGAAGCAGCGGCUGUGGGGCGCGGGUCGCAGCAAUGCAGGUGGUGGCGGCUAA